AAACUAAAAAAAAAAUGGGAAGCACGAGCACAGCACUCGUGGCACACUUGCGGCUGAGCUACGGCUGCACUUCCCGACGGAACGAGCCAAUCAGAACCGUGCGGAGUUGUGUGAAAGUCAACGGUUGUAGUUCGAGGCUGAGAUUCGGUGCUUCGCGGUGCAGGAGGAGUUUCGGUAGACUCGUUUGUUUCGCGGCGUUUGACGGUGAUGAUGUGAUAGAGAAACAGCCGGAGUCAGGUACAAGUAAUAGCGGCGCUGGAGGAGUUGGCUCAGCUGUUGAAGAUAGACCUGAUGUGUCUGAUAUCACAAGAGAUGAGACGUUAGCAAAUCUAAACAAGGGUGGCAAGGAAAGUUCACUUUACGAUUUUCUAUAUCCUGAUAAAGAGCUCCUUCCAGAUGAUAAAGAAAUGACUAUAUUUGAUCACCUAGAAGAGCUGCGUCAGAGAAUAUUCGUGUCAGUUUUGGCCGUUGGAGCUGCUAUAUUGGGAUGCUUUGCGUUUUCAAAAGAACUGAUCGUGUUUCUUGAAGCUCCUGUUAAAUCACAGGGUGUACGAUUUCUGCAACUAGCUCCUGGCGAGUUUUUCUUUACAACUUUAAAGGUAGCAGGAUAUUGUGGCCUCCUUUUGGGAAGCCCCAUUAUUCUCUAUGAGAUAAUAGCCUUUGUUCUUCCAGGUCUAACGAGAGCAGAGAGAAGGUUCUUGGGGCCAAUUGUUUUAGGUUCCUCAGUACUUUUCUACACUGGUAUUGCCUUCUCUUACUGGGUUCUGACUCCAGCAGCCUUAAACUUCUUUGUUACUUAUGCUGAAGGGGUUGUGGAAUCUUUGUGGUCAAUUGAUCAAUACUUCGAGUUCGUACUUGUGCUCAUGUUCAGCACAGGAUUGUCUUUCCAGGUUCCAGUCAUACAACUUCUGUUGGGACAAGUUGGGCUAGUCACUGGAGACCAAAUGCUGUCCAUUUGGCGAUAUGUUGUUGUCGGUGCAGUUGUCGCAGCUGCUAUACUUACACCAUCAACUGAUCCUCUAACUCAGAUGCUUCUGGCAACGCCCCUUCUGGGUCUUUAUUUGGGUGGUGCAUGGAUGGUUAAGCUUAUAGGACGAUGAGAAAAUCAACUGUAUGAAUUUAUGUGAUUGUUAUCGGUGGCAGGCACACUUGGUGGCAUGCACAUUUAGAGAUGCACGAUGCCUCUAUAUUACCAGAAGGGUGUAAUAUAAAAGCCACACUACAUUUUAGGAAAGGAAAAUAUCAUGAAUGUCAAUCUUGUAUUUGAUUUGUAGCAUUAUUGAACAUGAUUGACUUUUUGCAUCUAAUAUGAUAGAAAAAUGUCCAUUGACAA